CUGAAGCCUUUUAUGUAGAAAGAGAACACCAUGGAUCCUUUCAAGAUCUGCUAUGUGAGGUUGAAUGAGGAGAAAGUUAUUGCAAAAUCUGAUAUUUUGUCCCUUCUAAAAACCUACAACUGUUACCAUGAGGGAAAAAGCUUCAAACUUUGCAUUCGUGAGGAAGAGGGCGAGCUGAUCGAAGAGGGUUUACUCAACAUCUCCUGGGGCCUGAAGAGGCCAAUAAGACUCCAAAUGCAUGAUGACAAUGAGCAGUUUUACUAUGCCUGCUCAGGAGCUUGGAGGUCGGAGAGCUCAAAGUCCAUAAAAAAUGAAAUUCCUUCACACCAGUUUUCUUCAGAGCCCAACAACAACAAAAUCAGUGGCACAUCUGUACCCAGUUUGGAUGGAUAUAGAGCUGAGGAGGUUGUUCCUCCAUUGCUGAGAAUGAGAAGUGACGCAAGGUACAUGAAGGUCCAAAGAUCCAAAAUCCACAACUCUGCUGAUUCACAGAGGUUAAAAUGACACUGCUUCUCCAUCAAUGGCCAUUUUUACAAUCACAAGACAUCAUUUUUUACUCCAUCCUAUGGAUCAGUGACUAAUGUCUGAGUGAACAGCACUAUGACAACACAGCAAGUUCUCCUUAAUCAGUUUUGGGUUGAGAUUAAGGCAGAUUUAAGGCAGAAGUUUGUCCUCUAUCUAGUCCGUAAAUCAGGGGAGAGAACUAAGCUUAAAGACACAGAUUUGGUAUCUUGUCUGCUGCAUGGCCAAUGUGAAAAAAAAAAAAGCCAGAAUAUUUAUUAUGGAAACAUAUCGAUAUGUCUUGUCUUUCAGGUAGCACAGUAUAUUAAGUUUGAAAUGCCUGUUUUGGACAGCUUCAUCAAGAAAUUGAAAGAGGAGGAAGAGAGAGAGAUUUUAAAAUUGUCAAGAAAAUACAGUGCACUGAUAUUACAGAAAUUGGGUGGCAUCUCUCAGAGUACUAAUCGUUACAAGGAGUCCCAGAGCGCGAGCGGCCCAACAGCGGAGCAUGUAGAAAGCGUGUCUGUGUGCGCGAGAGAACAUCGCCACCCGCUGUCACUCAACGCCACUAACAGCCGCAAUGAGCAGUCAUUAUAA